CGCCUGGGGCGGCGCGCCGCUGCCAGCGAGGGCGCGCGGCGGCGCCCUGCCGCGAUGGCGCCCAAGGCGCAGCCGAAAGUGCAGCCGAAGGCGACGCCGAAGGCGGCGGCAAAGCCGAAGCCCGCGGCCGCGGGCCGCGCCGCGGCGCAGCCGUCGCCGCUGAAGGCGGCCGGCGCGCUCACGCUCGGCGCCCCUGCUGGCAGCGCGCCGGCGCUGGCGGCCGCGCCGAAGGCCGCGGCGCCGAAGGCCGCGGCGCCGAAGGCCGCGGCGCCGAAAGCCGCAGCGCCGAAGGGCGCGCCGACGGUUGGUGCCGAAGGCCACGCCGAAGGCGCGGCGGCACCGGCGGCCACGCCGAAGGCCGCGGCGCCGAGGGCCGCGCCGAAG